CCUAAUCUAAUCUUCAAUUUAUAUUAUUUUUAUCAUGUGUUUUUCUAAUAAUCUUUUCUAUGUAUGUACUGGUAAUCAAACCAAAAGCUGUGUGCUAUGUGGUUGAGCCAUGUUACAGUGUUAUCAUCUUCACUCUUCUAACUGUCUAAAUGUAAAUGAAAAUCUUUUCUAUCAUAUAUGUCUUUGUUUUUUAUGGCCAGUGAUUCACUUUGUUAUCUUGAGUACUACACUUUCAAAUCCCAUGAUGCUGUGCAUAUUGCUAGUGGCAGGCCAUGGUGCCAGGUUGGAAGAAGACAUUAAAAAUGAUACAACUGGAAAAUACAGCAAUUUGAUUGGUAUUCCUAAAGCUUUGUUACCGGGAGUGGACGGGAAACUAAUUAUGGAUUACUGGUGGAAGGUGGUCAAUGUACGACAGAUAUUUAGUGAGGUUUAUUUGGUCACAAAUGCGGAUAAAUACAAGCAUUUUGAAAGAUGGGCAACAGCAAAUGAUUUCCCUGUUGAAAAUAUUGUUAAUGACGGUUCUACGACACCAGAUACAAAGCUCGGAGCUGUUGGUGAUUUUGAAUUGGUUUUGAGGAAUAAAAACGUUGAUGAUGAUGUCAUGGUUGUCGCUGGCGAUAUGCUUUUUGAAGACCAGAAUUUCGAUAUUUCACAAGUAGUGAGAUAUUUCCACCACAAAGCUGGCGACCUUGCAAUUUAUUAUGAAAUGGAACAAAAUGAAGCUACAACUUCUCGGGGAAUUGUUGAAGUUGAUGUAACAACGAAUAAAAUUUUGCAUUUUCAUGAAAAACCAGAGCCUGGAGUCACUAAUUCACGUUUGGCAAGUGUUGUCUUUUACUGUCUCAGAAAAUCUACUCUGGCUACGGUUUCGUCAUACCUGCAAGAAUACCCAGGUAAUGGCACUCGUACAUUUGGCAAGUAUAUGUCAUGGCUUAUCAAUGAUAAAAAAUAUGAUGUUUAUGGCAUGAAAUUGCCGACUCGAUUUCAAUUGAUUGGGCAAGUGUCCCUGACUGAUUAUCAAGCAAGACUUGAUUAUUUCAGCGACUUAAAACGACAGCAUGCUCGUAAGAGACUUAUAACAAGUCGUGCUUAUGCUAGGAUCGGUUUAAUGGGAAAUCCGAGCGACGGUUUUUAUGGAAAAACAAUUUCCCUUUCAAUAUCAAACUUCUGGGCUGAUGUUACUAUUAUGGAAAGCGAGAAACUGGUAUUGACCCCUCACCCCUUAAAUGACCCUACGACCUUUGGAAGUUUGCAGGAUUUACAUGGCAUCAGCAGGAAAGAGGGAUAUCUUGGAGGUUUAAGGCUUCUUCAAGCGACAUGUAAAAAAUUCUAUGAGUACUGCAAUGACAAAGGGAUUGCAUUGUAUAAAAAGAAUUUCACUUUGAGUUACGACACCAACAUUCCAAGACAAGUUGGACUGGCAGGGAGUAGUGCAAUUGUCACAGCAACUUUAAAAUGUUUAAUGCAAUUCUAUAAUCUCAGUGAAACAGACCUGCCUAAACCGGUUCGAGCUAGUUUCAUCCUGAAUGUGGAAACUGACGAGUUAUUCAUCAAUGCUGGAUUACAAGAUCGUGUUGUACAAGUCUACGAAGGUUUGAUGUAUAUGGAUUUCAGCAAAGAUCUUUUAGAAGGUCGUGGAUAUGGUAAUUACGAGCGUUUACCAGCUAACACCCUUCCUCACAUAUGGGUUGCGUAUUUAUCUGAUCCGAGUGAUUCUGGAAAGAUCCAUAGCAAUGUACGGCAACGUUAUGAUGCCGGCGAUACAGAAGUUUGUGAAGCGAUGCAGAAAUUUGCGGAAUACACAGAACAAGCAAAAUCUGCAAUUUUAGGAUCAGAUUGGAGAAAAGUAGCUGAACUAAUGAGUGCAAAUUUCGAUUUACGACAACAAAUCUACACAGACAGUUGCCUCGGUGAAGCAAAUUUAAAGAUGAUACAACUCGGACGAGAGUACGGCUCUUGCACUAAGUUUCCAGGAAGCGGGGGUGCAGUGAUAGGAAUGUGUUUUGAUUUGGACAAAUUAUCGGAUGUUAAACAAGCAAUGCAGUCACAAGGAUUUGUUGUCUGUGAAGUUGUUCCUAAUCUCGGUAAUCAAUCGGAAUGAAUGCUGCUGUCAAAUGGCAGCCCAAUAUCCCCUUCUACGGAGAAGGCUAUUGAAAUGGUGAUUUAGACCAAAUAUAACAAUCCCCAGGCUCCACCUGACUAUAUCUAUAAUCAAUGCUCUCUGUGUGUAUUCUCCGUAAUCAAGUAGUGUCAAAAUCAGUAAGCUUUUUUUAUUAGAUGUAUACUAAAUAUAACUCAAUCCAAACAUCUGCUUUUUUGUACAAAACUAUCUUUUAAUUAAUUCAUUAAUUUUGGUUUCAUGAGUUAACCACGAUAUAUCAUGGAAGUAUUGAUUCGAAAAACUUAAAAUUGAAUUAUCUGUCAAUAUUUUUGUCUUUGUUUUUUGAUUGUGAAUAUUUUUCAUAGAGUAUUUGCUUUUCAAAAUAGUUUUUAUUGUUGUUACCAAUGUUGCAGAAGCGUUUUUCACAAUAUCACACACUUACAUCUACAUGUAAUAUCCCCGUGAUUUAGAUAUCAUAAAAUUAAUAUGCGGUGGCCUAGUGGCUAAAACGACAUAACUGUGUUUGCAUUGCAGGUUAUACAUCUUCGGUUCAAAUCCCAUGCCUUCCCAAGGUGUAAUAAAUUGGAUAGACAAUGCUGAAUCAGAAAUAUUUUGGUCAUUCCAAAAAUAUUUGCUCCAUACUUUAGAUAUCAGUGGAAGCUUUGUGCAUUGCCUUGUUCAGAGCAAAAAUUCAUGGAUGGGUAUCAUAGAUGAUUGUAGCCAUUUUUUUUUUCAAAGAUGGAAAGUUAAGUGCCAUCUGUAAUCAGCAUAAUUUUCUAAUUCAUACCCACUUGUAGCAUACAGUAUUUCUGUAACUGUAUUUCAAUACCCACAUACAAGUGUCUCUUUGUAUAUUAUAUUUGACUUUUAUAAUUUGGUAAUCAAUAUUUGAGCUGUUGCUUACAUGAAAGGAUAUAAGCCAUGAACCUGCAAUCUUUGUUUUAAUAUAAAUGUAUAUUCAACAAAUGCCAAUAACCAAAGUAUACAAUUAGUCCCAUAACACACCAACAAAAUUAACUUUAUUAAUAAUUAUAAUUCCACUCAAGUUUCUUACCAUCUCUGUGAUGAUAGCAUAGUUUAUUACUAUAAAUGUAUACUCAACAAAAUAAUCACAAUAACUAAACUAUAUAGUAAGUCUUAUACCAUAUCAAUAGAAUUAACUUUUAUACUGAAGACCACAUGUUCCUAUGUCCUUCACAACACAGCUGGUUGUCUAGCAUGGUCAUCUGUAAAUGUUGUGAAAAACCAAGCACCUAAAUAUUCUUUAUACUUCAUUACUGCCUUCACCAUUCUUUGCACAUAAAUUACUGUACAUUUCCACCCCAACACAGAAUCACCUGACACAUAUUUUGGAUCUUUUCUAUUUUGAGUAUUAUUAAUAAAUAAUAUUAUUAUGUCAUAAUAUUACUACUGAUAUUGUAUUACUGCUAUGUAUCAAUAAUAGUUAAAUAAUUGUGAUUGUGACCAAUCAAUUUUUGUGCAAUUUUUAUACUUUUUAAUUGUUAUUGUUGUAAUUAUAGCCUUCAUAUCAGUAAAUAUUGUUGCCAUAUUUUUAAACGACCAAUUUUUUUUAUGUUCUGUUUUUCAAUAUAGUACAUUUAGUGUAAUCAUUUUGGAGAAAUAUAUGAUUUUGACUAAUUCAAUUGCAUAAUUGUUUAUGUGUUUGUAACAUGCUAGAUUGGUUUAGUAUUCUACUCUGUAUUACCCAAUGGUAGCCAAAUAUGAUAUAAUUUGAAAAAAUGUUUGAAAAACUUUUUUGAACAAAUUAAAGAUUGCAGAGAAGUGUAGGCCUACAUAUUAAUUUUUUUUUUAAUUCUUGCUGUUCCUGGCAUCGUUUUUCAUUUCUUUAGAACCCCAUGGAACCCAUCUUCUUCAUUAAAGUUAUUCUGUAUAGCCCGAAUAUAGCAAAAUAUGACGAUUUCAUAAAUUUUCUGACAAAAAAACUCUUUUUAACAAAAUACUAUAGAGAUGCAGAAAAGUUUAAACUUUAUUUUCAAUGUUUACAGCUUUUAGUUGGGAAGUCAUUCGAAACCAUUAUUAUCUUCCCUGUUAUCACUUAGACUAGUGGUUCAAGUCUUUAUCGUAUCCUGCGUGAUGCAUGUCUUUUGUGUUCAUAUAUUUGAGCAUUGCUCUCUUUCCUUACAGUCAAGACUUUUAUUUACAAUUAAUAUCAUUCCUGAAAUCAAGUUAAACUAUUUUUUCUUGUAUUUGAAUUUUCUAUUCAUUCCUGGACAUCUCCCUGCCCGUUUGAUUAUUGUGAAUUAGGUAAUUUAGGAAGACUAAACACAAAGUGUACAUAUGGAUCGUUUUGAAAAGGUUUUGUUGUUUGGAUGAUUUUCAAAUUUUCCACCAUUUUCUCUGAUGGGACCCGAUAUUUUACCCAAAUUUAACUUUAUUUCUUUAAAUUACGAUGAGCAAUAUUUUAUUUUGUUAUGCUUAAUUACCAUAGUAUAGCUUGUCCACUGAUUUUUCCAGAAAACUUUGGGCUUUCAGGUAUUACUGUAAUCGUACCGAUGUACGACAUUUGUGUCCAUAUAUUAGGAUAGCAUUCACAUACCAUAUUUGUAGCUGAGACCAAUGUGCCACACCGCCGAGCACUGAUCUUUUAUAAUCAUAAUUCAGAUGAAUACAUGACAUUUCUAUUUAAUAUUAUCACUUUUUAAUUUUUUUUUCCUAG